AUGUUCCCAGACGAAAAUGAAUUCGACGUUUCCGCAUCAGAUCUGGCUCUCAUCACAAACAUUCGCGACAACGGCAGUGAAAGCAUAACAUCAACGCCUUCAGAGAUUAAUCUGGCUCUACACGUAUCCCUGAAUUCCACACACUCUAUCCAAGUCAACGUCACAGCACCAUUGAUAACUACAGAAAAGGAACCUAUGGAAGCACCACCGAUAACGUUUUCUCUGCGUCAACCGACUUGGCUGGAUAAAGCGAGUUUGGCAACUUUGUCUGCAACACUGCCGGAGGAUAUCUUUGGCGCUUUGGAUUUUCUGCGUGAUGAAGGCCCCUCCCUAAUCCCUACAGCUGCCACACCGACAGAAACAAAAGCUUCUACUGGUCCUCUGGUGCGCGUAUGGUUUUACUUCCCUUCGCUGAGUACGCGCGAAAAGCGGCAACAUAUGGUUGACUGGGCACCCUCUUACUCCCUCACUGGAUUUGUUCUGGCAGGGAAGCCGGGCUUACUUUGUCUCGAAGGUUCAGCGUCAAACAUAGACGCAUACAUGAAUGAGAUCAAGACAGUAUCUUGGGGCGACAUUCCUUCGCAUCAGAAGAAGGUGUCAGAGAGGUAUAGGGAGACUGGUUCGGAAGUCACCAGGGCGUUCGAGACAAUGAUAGAGAUUACAGAUUUGGUGGGAGAAAGACACGGAGCUAGACAGAAUAGAGGAGACAUGGCUGCUAUAGAGGCUUGGUUGAAGGAUAAAGGGUUGGGAGACAUGUUUGAAAGUGUCAUAUUGCAGAGUUAA